UCCCUUUAGCAUUGAAUAUGUUUGUAUAUUUUUGAUGGAGCGGCUUUUGAGUAUUUACUACAAAAUUAUUUGUUAAAAUCCACUUAGAAGACGUUCAAUAUGGCAAAGCAGAAGGUGGUCGCAAACACCGAUUUGGAUGCGAAGCCGACCUGCUGCUGUAAUUGCAAACGGAAGAUCGAUCCCUAUCAGCUGUUUGAGGACAAUAUCGAGGAUGUGGCCAAGUGUCUAGCCCAGAUCAUGGUGAUCUGCGGCAUUAACACGACCAAGGCCUGCAAUGCCAAAUCGAUCAUCAAGCGCGCCUUUGUCUAUCACGAAAAGCUGAGGACGCGCUGCCCCGCCUCUCCUCCAGUUGGCACGCAUUUGCAUCGGGACGACAUGCUGCAGGCGCUGCGCAUCAAGUGCGAAAUGGAGAGCGUGGAGGCAAUGUUGACGUACGCGAUCAUCAAGCGUGCCUUCAAGGCAUUUUUCCACGGGAAGCCGCCCAGGACAAUCAGUAACCCCAUACAUGAUGCCAUGGUCAUACACACGCAGAAGUCGGCCUGGCUGCAUGCCGCCUACAGGACGGCGAGGAUCUUUGAUAACUACAAGGCAGCCUUCUUUUGGGCUCACAAGGCGUACGAGAAACAGAUCACAAUUGUCUAUCGGUCGCUCUACGAUCGGAUGAGCGCGCGAGCCAAUCCCCUAACAGUGCCCACCUGCAGCUGUCGCAAGUGUGGCAACAUGGAGGUGCCUGGGUACCCGAAGCCCGGUGCGAAGGUGCACGAGAAGUUCAAAUUGGCGGACUGUAAGGAUUUGCCACUGUCCUGCAUUCUGUGCGGCCUGCAGGUGCCCAAGAUCGAGACUGAUGUCAAGGUGAAGCGGCCACGCCCCAUCAUCAACCACGAGCUGAAGCUGCCUCGCUGCACCAAGUGCAACUCGCCGAUGCUCAUCUGCGAGUGCAACAUCGACCAGCUGACCGGCGAGCUGUACGGUGAGUGCGGCCAGGACUCGUAUAAGGUGAAGUGGUACCGCCUGGAGGCGAAUAAGGCGUCCGCCACCAGCUUCGAGGACGCCCAGGAGCCCGCCACUGAUUGGGAGAAUCAUCACUGUCCAAUCGACUGCAAGCACAGCGUUUGUAGUGAGACGUCGAACGUCUGCCACGAGGAUCGCAACACCAGCGUGUCCACUGCGGAGAGCAGCUCCUCGUUUACCACCUGCUCCGGCUCCGAGGAUCCCGUUGAGAAGCUCGAGCAGUACCUCAACCAGUUGUGGAACGAGGAAAUCGCGGCCAAAAACAAUCCUCAUACAUAUAAGCCCCGCGUCGUGUUCCCGCCACGUGAGCCCUGCCAUGCGUGUCACCGGGACUAAGUAUUCGUUCUGCUCUCCAUAUUCUUCACGUACUUUGCGAUGUGACAACUGCGCUGUAUCUAUGGAAGACAA